AACUGAUAUUGAAUGCAGCUGAUGCCGCAAUUGACUUUUUGGAUUCGGUCGAAGUCGAAGCUAUAAACCUAUGCUAUAAACAUGGUGAAGUCUACUAAAAAUAAUAAAUAUUCUAUAUUAUUACCCACAUAUAAUGAAGUUGAAAAUCUGCCAAUCAUUAUUUGGAUGAUUGUUAAAUACAUGGACCAAAGCAAUUAUAAUUAUGAGAUAAUAAUCAUUGAUGAUGGUAGUCCAGAUGGCACAUUGGAUGCAGCCAAGCAGCUGCAAUCAAUCUAUGGUGAUUCAAAGAUAAUACUUAAACCCAGGGAAAAGAAAUUGGGUCUUGGCACUGCUUACAUUCAUGGUAUGAAGCAUGCAACUGGAAAUUUUAUUUUAAUCAUGGAUGCUGACCUAAGUCAUCAUCCAAAAUUUAUACCUGAAUUCAUCAAGCUGCAGGAAGCUAAUAAUUAUGAUGUGGUCUCUGGUACAAGGUACCUUGGAAAUGGUGGUGUAUCUGGCUGGGACUUCAAGCGCAAACUCAUAUCUAGAGGUGCUAAUUUCCUCACCCAAUUACUGCUCAGGCCAGGAGCUAGUGACUUAACUGGAUCAUUUAGAUUGUAUAAGAAGGAUGUACUGCAAAAACUCAUCGAAAGUUGCGUGUCGAAAGGAUACGUCUUCCAGAUGGAGAUGAUCGUGAGAGCGAGACAAAUGAAAUACACUAUCGGUGAAGUGCCAAUUACUUUUGUUGAUCGCGUCUACGGUGAAUCAAAAUUGGGAGGAUCGGAAAUAGUCCAAUUCAGUCUGGCCCUUCUACAUUUAUUCGCCACGACGUAAAAAUCGCAAAUUCUUGCUGCAAUACAUUCCCAAAUCUGUCUAUUACGAAUAUGUAUGUUUAAAUUUGAUUGUAUUGUUUAUGAAAAAUAAAAUAAAGAAGUUUAAAUUCUGUA